AUGUUUUGCUACUCUACUCCAUGUGGUGGUGGGGAGUAUGAGGUGAGGGAAGGCCAUGUGAAAUUCCCAGUCAUGAUUGACAGCAGAACCUGUGGGUGUGGAGUUUGGCAGGUGUCUGGUAUUCCCUGCAAACAUGGUUUGAGGGUCAUUUACAACCAGAGACUAGAUCCUCUAUACUUUGUGUCCCAUUUCUUCAAGGGUGCUGCUUAUAAGUUGGCAUAUGCAGAACAUAUGCACCCUAUUCCUGACCCUACUCAGUGGCCUGAGUUUAACCUGCCCACCAUUAACCCUCCUGGAAUUAAGAGGAUUGCUAGAAGACCCUCUAAACAAAGAAAGAGGGGUGCCAUGGAAGCUAAGAAGAGGAAGAGGCACACUUUAGUAAAGUGUAGCAAAUGCAAGGAAAUGGGCCACAAUGCAAGGACUUGCAAGUCUAGCACUGGCAGUUCUAAGGCACCACCAAAAUAG